UUUGCUGACUUUCUUUAUCUUUUUGUUGUUGACAUUUUGGCUUUGAUUUCUCUAUAGAAGCUCAAAUUUUGUGGGUUGUUGAUGGUAUUGAUUUUAUGUAGCAUUUGAUUUUGAAUUUUGAUCUUUUUGAUGAACUAUCAAUUUCAUUUUGCUUUUCUGGGAAGUUUUUACUGUUAUGGAAUUGUUUGAAAAUAUGAGAAUUUGAAGAAAAAGUGAGGAAAAGGAAAUAUUUUGGGCAAAGACUCAAUCUUUUCUCCUUCAGACAACUAAUAAAGUAAAAAAGUUUGGAUCUUGGAAUGUUUGUCUUGGUCUGUGUCUACAAAGGUUGAUUUCAGAAAAGAAAAAGUUGAUUUUUUUUCUUCUGUUUCUCAUGUUUGUGGGAAUUGUUGUGUGCUUAGUAGGACUAGGAUAUACAUUUGUUCGUGGCUUUGCAGUUUAAUACAUGGCUCCCGGAGGCAGUAGUUACCAGGAUAUUGGUGAUUCUCGUAGCGCAUAUGCUGAUUAUGGUAUUGCACCCGAAAAUGCUGAACCCAAAAGCUCCCCUUUUAGAAAAUCCACAGCUGUUAAUAUUAUUGGUGGGAAUCAUGGAACAAGAUCUAAUACAGCUGUCCAUGAGCUACUCGAAUGCCCUGUUUGUAUGAAUCUAAUGUACCCUCCAAUUCAUCAGUGUCCAAACGGUCAUACGUUAUGCCUGAAGUGCAAGACAAAAGUCCAUGUAUGCCCAAUUUGCCGCCAUGAGCUUGGAAACAUAAGAUGUCUAGCAUUGGAGAAAAUUGCAGAGUCACUGGAAUUGCCAUGCCGAUACCAAAUCUUUGGCUGUCAAGAUAUAUUCGCUUAUCAUAGUAGGCUUCGGCAUGAGCAGAACUGCAGGUUUCGUCCAUACAACUGCCCUUAUGCGGGAUCUGAAUGCACUGUUACUGGUGAUAUUCAGUCCCUUGUUGCACACCUCAAAAAUGAUCACAAGGUUGAUAUGCAUGACGGCUGUACCUUCAACCAUCGUUAUGUCAAAGCUAAUCCUCAAGAUGUUGAGAAUGCUACGUGGAUGUUGACU